AUACGAAAAUGGUUACAGAAGCGGAAGACUGGAUGACAGGGAUCAGAGAAUUGAAAGAAUGGAACGUAUGGAGGAACCCCCUCCAGAUUAUUCACCACCUAGUCCUCCUCCCAUGCCCAUUGAGAAAAAGCAUAUGCAAAAAACGAGAUUUGCCGCUGAUCCGCCACCGAAGGCCAAAAGUGGAAACAUUAUCGGCCAAUCCAUCCGCAAGCUAGUUGGAAAGAUUCGUUCGGCUAGUGCUGAGAGGAAGGCUAGACAGCGCGCCAAGCGAUCUCCCAGCCCAUCUUACCAGCAGGGACACGUGAUAGACAACAACAUCGGCCACAACAUGGACCGCCACCCGCCGGUCCAACGCUACUACCUUGGGGAAGACCCUUUCGCGGGCAGCAUCUACGGGAGGGAGAACAAGUACGAUGGGGUGAAACCGGCUCGGACCUCCAGGAGACCCAGGGAGAUUCAGGAAGAGAGAAGGUCCCAGAGCACGCUGGGCAGGUUCAGUAAGUCCACUGGCAGACUCGUGAGCAGUUCGGUCGACGAAGAGAGAAGUUCUCAGACGCUCCCCCGGCACAUGUCAAGGCAAGAACCACCGACUAGAUUGGAGAAAAACAACAAGUCGAACAGCACCAUCAACGUUUCUAUCAUCAACACCGUUUCCGCCCCAAGAAAACUCGAGGGUCCCGCGAAACCAGCCAGGACCUACAAGUCGAAUUUGUCCAGAAGCAAAAGCCUGAACGUCCACGGUGGUUUAGACCCCUCAAGGUCCAGCAUGUAUACCAGCAACCCCCACAUGAGCAAACUUCAGGAAAACCCCAUUGGGCUCAAAAGUCCUGGAUUAAUUUCAAGUCUUAAUCGCAGCCAGAAAGACGUGAACGAAGAAGUCUACACCACCCGUUUCGUUCGAAACGGCUUCAGUGACACUGUAGACAACAACAAGAAAGUUUUUAUGUCGAAUCUGAAGGAUCGGUCGCCAGAGCUUUUCAAGACGUUGGAGGAGAACGAUAGCGACUCCUGGAAGCCCACUGGUUAUAGCACGCCCUUGAAGAACACCAGGAACUACAACGGUGACAUCUAUGAACCUCCAACGAGGUUGAGAGACACUCAUAUAGUAAGUUCCACGCCCAAUCACUCGGUUUUUCGUAGAGGCAGCGCUUCCAGUACAGAUUUUUCCGAGACUUAUCACACCACCACGAGAAACGAUGAUCCGGUUCGUCCUAGCGUUACUAACACUACGAAGAGUUUCACUAAGAAAACUAUACCGUCAAGGGAUGGUAGAGCCGUGGAAACUAUACAAUCAAGUGAAACUAAGUCCGUAACGAAAAGCCAUUAUAGGAAACCUUCUAGAAACUACUACGAAGACAGAAAAUAUAGCAGUUCCACUAGCCCUGUAGUGAUAGAAGUGCGAAAUUAUAGGAAGUGAUUCCAGUCUCAUUAUUAUGUGCCUUUCAGUUAGUAUUAAAAUGUUUUAACUUUAUAUUGUAGGAGUAUUUAUAUUUGUUUCCCGUUGUAUCGCAAUUCAGAUUAAUAUUUAAUCUUACUAAAAGAUAUAAAUUAUAUUUAACGCUCGUUUACAUUGCACAUAUCUAUAUAAUGCUUGUCAGCAAUGUUAUCAGCGUUUAACACAAUAUAUGUUGCAUGAAAUACAAUUU